AUGAGUGUCAGAAGAGUGCGGAGCUCCUUCAGGGGCUCACUCCGCAGAUACACCAGCGGAGAAUCGAUGAGAAAACCUCGACGCCACUUCCAAUGGAUAUAUCGAGAUAACGAGUGGCGCAUCGCCUACGAUGAUGGCGAUGAGGUGUCCCUUAUGUAUGCUAAGUUUGAGAGGCUGCCGAUGCGUGACUUCGGCGCCGAAGUUCGAGCUACGAUGGACGUGGACCAGUUUCUCAUCCAAGCAGUGCUUCUUCUUGAUGUUCAAGAGACAUCGCUUGAAGGGAUUGUCGACAAGAUGCUGCACAAGGUACUGGACGGACGCGAGCACCUGGCAACUAUUUCAGAAGCCAAGGAAGCGUUGUUCACCCACGAACAAGUGCACCUUCUGUCUCGAACUAUCCAGGGAACCUACGUGAGGGAAGGCGGAGGAUUCGACUACGACCAGUCAUGGAUCUGCGCAGUGUGCGCGUUGCCGUCGCUACAGAAGCGUCACGUAGCUGUAGCCCGGCUGAAACACCCGGCGAACAUGGGUCGGACCUCUCACGAGGUCCGUUUCUUCAUCCUUGUUCUGACACCCAGCAAGGAAAAAGGCACAAAAAAUGCCCUAGAAACGGGCCGAACCUUCGCGACGAUCUUCGCGGACAUGGACUUCCGUCAGAAAUUGCUCGAAGUUCAUUCAGAAGCCGAAUUCAAAAACGUGCUUCUCAAGCAUGCACAAGACCUCGCAGCAGAGCAGAGCAAUCCGGCGAACCGGUUUGCGAAUCACGACGCCGACAUCGAGUUUCCGGUAAGAAAAUGUAUUAUAGGCCAAGGUUUGUACGAUGAUAUUCGUCGACGGCUGGCUCACUACGUUUCCGAUUACAUCGACGGUGUGGUGGGUCAUAGGACCAUCUACAAGACGGUGUCGACCAUCUUCUUUUUGUACUUUGCUUGCCUACUGCCAACCAUCGCGUUUGGAGCGCUCAAUGACACCAAUACCGCUGGGAAAAUAGGAGAUGUACGGAAGAGUAUCAUAAGCCAAACGAUUGGUGGGCUUACCUUCGCCUUAUUCGGGGGUCAACCUCUCGUCAUAUUGAUGACGACGGCUCCUCUGUCGCUGUACAUAAAAGUAAUCUACAACAUAUGUGAGGACUUCCAGCUGGAUUUUUACGCGAUGUACGCCUGCGUCGGACUGUGGAAUACAUUCUUUCUUGUUCUAUUUGCGCUGUUUGACGCGUCAAAACUUAUGAAGUGGUGCACAAGAUCGACGGAAGAAAUCUUUGCAUUAUUUAUCAGUAUAGCCUUCGUUGUGGACGCUGGCCGGGACGUCUACAAAAAUUUCCAGGAGAACUACUACCAUAUGAACUGCUCGCGGGCAUUCAACACAACGGAUCUGGGACAGCUGGUGAACAAUACCGCACUUUUGCCCUCAUUGCUCAACGAGACCGAGUUACUUCAACACCUACAACAUACCGGCUGCCACCGCGAAAACUCCCUGCUAUUUCUUCUGCUUAUGCUCGGCACUGUUUGGCUUGCCGUCUCAUUAUACAACUUCAACAAAACGCCAUAUUUACAGGCAAGCAAACGCGAGAUCCUCGCAGACUGCGCGCUCCCGGUAGCCGUAAUCGUGUUGUCGUUCCUGGGCGCGUAUCAAUUCCGUGAGGUAAAGACGGACGGUUUCCACUUCAACGAGGUGGGUGAAUUCCAACGAGGUCGCGUGGAAGAACUCGGAUUGCUCCCUGCAUUGGCAGCCUGUGGUCUGGGCUUCGCUCUCUCGCUGCUCUUCUUCAUGGAUCAGAAUAUAUCAGCGGCGAUGGUCAACAAUCCCUGCAACAAAUUGAAAAAAGGAGCGGCCUACCACAUGGAUCUGUUCGUGGUGGGGAUCCUGAACGGGUUCCUGUCAUUGUAUGGGUUACCCUGGAUGCACGGAGUUCUUCCGCAUUCUCCGCUACAUGUACGCGGGAUGGCAGACGUUGAAGAGCGAGUCGACCAAGGACAUGUUUACGAAAUCAUUGUUCGUGUCCGAGAAACGCGACUGACAGGAGUCAUCUCCCACAUUCUCAUCGGUCUGUCCAUAUUCCUACUGCCGUAUCCACUGGGAUACAUUCCAACAGCCGUUCUGGAUGGCCUUUUUCUCUACAUGGCCAUCACGUCACUCAACGGCAACCAGAUGUUCGAACGCAUUACGUUGCUUUUCAUGGAGCAGGCAGCAUACCCGCCGAAUCAUUACAUUCGGCGGUGUCCCCAGCGCAAAAUUCACGCGUUCACGAUCUGUCAGGUCGUGCAGUUGGCCGUCAUGUGUUUUUUUGGCUUCGCGCCUUGGCCCUACAUCAAAAUGAUCUUUCCAGUCAUCAUCUUGUUGCUACUGCCGCUGCGCCAUAAGGUCGUGACGCUCUUCAUCGACCAGAAGUACCUUGAGGCGCUCGACGGCGAACAUCAGUGA